AUGACCAAGGCGUCCGCGGGCACCCAGCUCUUCGGAGUCGACCUCCCGGACCCCAAAGGCUUCUUUGAGAGGCUCUCCGGGACGCUGCGUUUCGGCCCAGGCACGCAGGGCAAGAAGGACCGCAACGCCCAGAGCGCCGCGGGUCCGCUCGUGUUCGUAGCGGGCGGCACGGGCCGCACGGGCGCCCGCGUGGUCCGGGAGCUCCUCACGGCGGGCUACAGGGUGCGCGCGGGCGUGCGCGACCCGGAGGCCGCGAGCGAGCUGUUCGACGCGGCCGCCGAGUACGGCGCGCUGAUUCCGUCGCUGCUGAACGGCCUCGAGCUCGCGCCGUUCGACUUCGAGGACCCCGCCGGCAUGGUGCGCUCCAUCGGGGGCGCGAAGAUCGUGGUCUGCGCCGCCGCCACGUCGGAGGACGCUCUGACCGCGGACCUGAAGACGGCGCUCACGGCGCCGUCCAAGUACGACUACAAGGGCACGGCGGACCUCGUCGACGCGGCGGUCGAGGCCGGCGUGGAGCGCUUCAUUCUCGUGUCGUCGCUGGGCACGGGCAAGUUUCUGUGGCCGGCCGCGGCGCUGAACCUGUUCGGCGGGAUCCUGUUCUUCAAGAAGAAGGCCGAGGACCACCUCCGCGCGUCGGGCCUCGCGUACACGAUCGUCCGUCCGGGCGGCCUCGAGCGGCCGAAGGACGAUUACAAGAAGACGCAGAACCUAAAACUGUUUCCCGCGAACCAGUGCGGCGGCGGGCAGGUGUCGCGGCUGCAGAUCGCGGAGCUUAUUAGCGCGAUCGUCGCGGAGCCGGAGCUCGGAGAGAACAAGAUCGUCGAGGCCGUCGCGAGCUCGGAGUACCCGCGCGUGGCGUACGCGGAGCUGUUGAAGGACGUGGCGGCGAUUGGGCCGUCGCGCGAGGAGCAGAUGGCGGCGCUGGAGUCGCGCGGGGAGCUGCGGGCGGCGCUGGACGAGAUCCGCGGGGAGGUGGAGGGCGCGGAGGCGCGCGUGGAGGAGUUGCGUGGGCGCAUCGCUGCGGAGGAGGAGCGCGCGGCGGCGGCGGCGGCGCAGCGGGCGGAGCUGGUGGAGGCGAACGGGGAGCUGCUGGCGGCGGCGGAGGGCGCGGAGGGCGCGGUGGCGGCGGCGCGGGGCCAGCUGGAGGACGCGCUGCGGUCGGAGGUGGCGGCGCGGGCGGUGGUGGAGGCGGCGCGCGCGGCGCACCGCGAGGGGCGCCUGCUGUCACGCCAGGAGCAGGCCGAGGCCGCGGAGCGCGCGCUGCGGCCACCGGAGCCGGAGACAACUGCGGCCAAGCGCGCUGCCGCCGGCGGCCUGUUCGGGCUGGGCGCGAAGCGCGCGGCGGACAAGGCGCAGGCCGAGGAGGAGGCCGAGGAGGAGGCCGAGGAGGAGGCGGCGCCGGCGCCGAAGCGCGCGGGCGGGCUGUUUGGUCUCGGUGCAAAGAAGGCGCCCGCAGUCGCGGAGGAGGCGGCUGAGGAGGAGGAGGAGGAGGAGGAGGAGGUUGUGGUGGCGAAGAAGCGGGGCGGCACGGGUCUGUUCGGGUUCGGCGCGCGGAAGGAGGUUCCUGCGGAGCCCGAGGAGGCGGCAGUCGAGGAGGAGGAGGAGGAGGAGGUCGACGAACCAGUAUCUGAGAAGAAGCCGUUCGGGACCGGCCUCUUCGGGUUCGGGAAGAAGCAGGCCGCCCCUGCUGCGCCUGCCGAGGAGGAGCCUGCCGCGGAGGAGGCCCCCGCACCGGUGCCGGUGGCAGAAGAGAAGAAGGAGGCGCCCGCGAAGCAGCCGUUCGGGUCGGGCCUGUUUGCGUUCGGAAAGAAGGCGGCACCGCAGGCGGAGGAGGCGGAGGCUGAGGAGGAGGCUGCUGCGGAAGAGGCGCCCGUGCGGGAGGAGGCCCCUCCACCGGUGCCGGCGGCAGAAGAGAAGAAGGAGGCGCCCGCGAAGCAGCCGUUCGGGUCGGGCCUGUUUGCGUUCGGAAAGAAGGCGGCACCGCAGGCGGAGGAGGCGGAGGCGGAGGCUGAGGAGGAGGCUGCUGCGGAAGAGGUGCAGGCGCCGGAGCCGGUGGCGAAGAAGGAGCCUGUGUCGCGCGACGCGGCGAAGGCGGAUGCGGUGGCGAAGCUGCGCGCUGCGGCGAAGAAGAAGGCCGAGCAGGUGAAGGCGGAGCGGGCGGCGACGGGCCAGGACGCGGCGGGCGAGGAGCGGUCACCGCUAGCGGACCUGACGCUGGUGUCGGUGGACGAGGAGCUGGAGGCGGCGCAGCAGCAGGAGCGCGAGAAGGCGGCGGCGGAGCAGCAGGAGCGCGAGAAGGCGGCGGCGGAGCAGCAGGAGCGCGAGAAGGCGGCGGCGGAGCAGCAGGAGCGCGAGAAGGCGGCGGCGGGGCGCGACGCCCUGAAGCGCGUCGCUGCGGAGAAGGCCGCGAAGGCCAAGGCUGUGCGCGACGCUGCCGGGGACGAGGUGAAGAACCCGCUGUCCGACAUGACGCUCAUCGGGUCGGCGGACCUCGAGGAGGAGGAGGCGCGCGUGGAGGCGGAGGCGCGCAGCAAGGCGCAGGAGGUCCGCGGGCGGGCGCUCUCGGACAUGACGCUGGUGGGCAGCGAGGACAUCGAGGAGGAGGAGGCGACCGGCGCGGUGGCGACUGCGGUGGCGGAGAAGCGGGCCGCGGCGUCGAACAAGAGCCCGAUGCAACUCGCGAUGGAGCGGCUGCGCGGCCUGACGGGCGGCGCGGCGCCUGCGGAGGAGGAGGAGGUUGCCCAGGAAGCGGGGCCGGCGGGCGACGCGGCGGGCGACGCGGCGCAGAAUGCGGAGGCUGCCAGGGCGUGGAUUGCGGCGUGGCGGGCAAGGCAGGGAGGUGCGGCGCAGACGGGCGCUGGCGGGGCUCAGGAGGCGCGUGCGUGGAUCGAGGCGUGGCGGGCGAAGCAGUGA